UGAGGAGGUAUCCUUAGAAGAAGCAAACAAAAUGAGGGAGAAAGGGAAGAGGGAACGAAGUGAGGCAGAUGAGGAACACCAGAGCCAGGUCACGACCCUUCAGAACACGCUACAAGCUCUCAAGAAUGAGAAUAACCAGCUGAGAGAGACCGUGGACCGAUUGCAGGGGUCUUUAGACAAGGAAAAGACAACAUCUCGGGAGCUCAGCACAACGCUCAAUGCGGAAAAGCAUCAACAGCAUUUGAUCAAGAGUCGACUAACAGAGGUUGAACAGCAGUGUCACGUCAAAUUAACGGCAGCCCAAGCGGAGGCAGCACAGGUUCGCAAAGUCAAGGAACAGGAAGCAGCAUCGGCCGCUAAACGAAUUGAGGAGCUCAUGAGUACCCUAGAGGAAGAAAGAGCAGCACUCCUUCGCUUCAAGGAAAGAGCUGCGGCCAAGGAGACAGAGCUCGAGAGAAGAAUAUUAGACCAGAGGCAGUCGCAGCUUACAAAUUCUCACCAGCUGGUUCAACAAAAUGCCCAGCUUUUAGAGCGAAUAAAGAGCCUGGAAGCCACCAUAAGCAGUCUGGAGGGGAAAAGUGAUGGCCGGGUCCAAGAGCUCGAGCUGUCUUUGCAGAACACCGUUGAAAAACUACAUAGGGAGGAAAGGGAGAAGGCUGUGCUCAAUGCUCGUGUCACAACCCUGGAGAGCCUUGAGUCCUUGCUAAAGCGGGAGAAGGAAGAGAGCUCUAGCCUGCGAGAGGAGCUCCACCGGCACGAGGCUGAGGGGCAGAGAGUGGGGAGUCUUAACAAGGACAUGCAGAGGCAGAUACAGGAAUUGAAGGCCAAAGUGGCCGAGGUCCAGAGCCAAGAAGAAUCCCUCAGGACAAAAAUGGACAAGGAUACCGUAAAAUGGGAUCAACAGCUAUCAGACCAAAGGAUCAGCCACCAAGAGGAACUGGACCAUUUAAGAGCGAGGAUAACCGCACUGCAGACGCAACUGAACGACAAGAACAAGAGUUACCUGGAGGAAUGCAGUCACCUGAAGCAGAAAGUACGUACCUACGGCAAACUGAUCAAGAAGCUGCGUUACAAGCUUGAGGUGGAAGAGGUGCAAUUGGAGCGACUGGAGGCUCAAAGGGCUGCUUUGCAGGAUAACGUCCCGUCGCAUGUCCACAGGCGACUCCAAAACCAGCUGCAGGACAUCACCCGGAAGCAUAAUGAGUUCGCAGCUUUCAUUCGCGGUUUGAGUGAAUUUCAGUCUGCUUUGCCACAGUUAAACGAACUGACGAGCUGCAUGGGUGCAGUGGGGCAGAAGCUGAGUGAACUGGAGGAGGACCAGCUGCACUGCCUCUCCGAGCUUGAAUCCCUGUGACAGAACCUGAAGACUCCCUCGUCGCCGGAGGUGCUCUCACGUUCAGGUGGUUCCUGAGCCUUUGGGGAGCACUUGAGGUUGAGCGAUGCUUUAGGCAAUGAAUAUUGGAAUUCCUUCAAGCCUUUUUGUCUUUUUGUUUAUAUGUUUCAAUCCUCUGUGAUAUUUUACUGAUUGAAGAUUUUAAUCUCCCGGUGGUACGGUUGAAUCAUGAAGAUUAUAGUUCCUUUAUCAUCACUGAUGAAUCACUUUCAGUUUUUAUUGAGUAAAAGAAUAUUUUGUAAGAAAGUGUUCCUGUUAUAUUACUCAGGGUUUUUUAUUUACUAAUGAAGUCUGUUCAAGAAUUAUUUUAAAAAGCCAGAUCUGAAUACAAAGGCAUACAGCAGGCACCUAUAUCAAAAAUAAGCUUGAAGUAGUUAGCUGAACCAAAGAUACUCCUAACCCUUAAAUAGCAGGAGGCAUAAUAUUACUUCCUCUCCUUGCUGGGAAGAAUGGGUUCAGGGCUCAAUGGAGGGUGGAAUUUUGCUUGCCUACGAGAAAAACUUCACUCCACUAUGCCUACAUUAUUGGUUAAUGAGGUGAUGUAAAUGAACCUUUUUUUGUAACACUGAUGUAGCUUAAAUGGUAGUACAUGUAUUUUUCUACUCUGUUGGCCCAUAAUCAAGCAGCUGAAGCAUUAAAUAGCCAUCUCCAUCACUUACUGGGUAGCUACAAGGAAAACUUCAGUGCUAGAUUAUUUUGUGUGAUGAAAAUAAACAAUAUUUUUGAGCUAAUGUACUGAAAUACAUA